AUCUGUUGUUCUUUGCAUGCCAGAGGGGGCGGCUAGCCGAGUUUGGAUUGUGUGAGCCGUGCUGGUUUUUGCAGGCUAACUGGUUAUCAUCUCGCAUAAAGUAGAUUCCACACAGUUGGUAAACGCUCGCACAAUGUCUGACCACGAGAGAGAAAAAGAAGUAGAAGCCAUCGAUGAUUCUAGUGAGCACGAAUCAGACGAAGAGCGUAUUGAGGACGCCGGUAAAGCACAGGACGAUGUCUCCGAAUCUGAGAGCGAAUCGGACCAAGAUGGAGCUCUCAAGAAUGGAACCUCUGAUAACAUUGGCAACGAUGAUGAGCAAAGGAUCUCGGAAGAUGAACAAGACGUUGAUAAAUCUAAAGAGAGUGAGGAAGUCGCGGAUAAAGGCAGUGGGUCUGAGACGGAGAGCGGUAGUGAGUCGGACUCAGAGACAGAGAGUGAGACGGAGUCCGAAACUGAUUCAAGUGAUAGCGAAUCGGAUAGCAAGAAGGUAGGAAAAAUCAAUGUAGAAGAACUUCCUAAACUUGGUACUGCCGCUUCCUUCAAGUCGCGCUUUGAGCAAAAAGCGGAAGAAGACGCCAAGGUAAAAACGUCAGUUCAAAAGGUUGAAGUCCAAUCGGGAAAAGCCCGGAUGCAUCGACAGAUCUUCGAGCAAAAGAUGAAAGAUGACGCGAAGGUCAAAACCUCCGCUCCAAGGAUCGAGGUCGAUGGCGAAGAAGUAAACUUGUCGGGGAAGGCACUUUCUCACAGGGCGAUGUUCGAGAAGAAAGCAGUUGAACAUGCUCAAGUGUCUCCAUCAAUGCCAAGAAAAUUCGAAGAUACAGAGUUUUCCGUUAAAGCCCGAUCCCAGAGAGAGUUGUUUGAAAGGAAGGCAGAGGAACAGGCAGGGACUUCUCCUACUCCACAGAGAAAGUUUGAUGUCGAGUUUUCAGUCAAGGCAAAAUCUCAUCGUGAAAUAUUUGAACAGAAGGCUGCAGAAGCAUCAGCCACAAAAGCUGCAGGAAGAAAGCUUAUAGAGGAAGAGCAAGUGUCUGAUGAAUUUUCAGGACGUGCCAAGUCACACAGGGCUUUAUUCGAAAAACGGAUAGCAGAGGAAAAAGAGGUGAAAACGAGUAAAGGGGUGGAGGAAGAAAUAGCCCCAAAGAGGGGGACUGCUAUUUCUGCUGUGAAAUUCUUCGAGCAAAAACAGAAGGAGGAGUUUAAAAAAGAAGAAACAGACUACUUAGAUGUGUUUAAGAAAGGAGGUACAACAAAAGACAAAAUUGAGAAAAAAGAUAAGAAGAAACAUCACAAAAAGCACAAGGACAAAGAGCACAAGGAGCACCAUCAUAAGAAGAAGCGAUCCCACUCAAAGACGUCCUCCACGACCGACGAGGAGAAAGAGAGGAAGAAGUCCGAGACAAAAAACAAGGAUAGUGAGGACGAGGAGAAGGAAAGAAAAAAGUCUGAAACCAAGGAGGAAGAUAGUAAAGAGGAGAGAGAGAGGGAACUACAAGAAGAGGAAGAGAGAGAUAGGCUGGAGGAGGAACAGGAUCGCUUAGAUGAAGAACGAGAACGCGAAGAAGAAGACGCAAGAAGGAGAGAGGAGGAAGAAGAGGAGGAAAGAAGGAGGGAAGAGGAAGAAGAAGAGGAAAUACGCAAGGAGGAGGAGGAACGAAGGAGAGAAGCAGAGGAAGAGGAGGAAAGACGGAGGGAGGAAGAGGAACGAAGGGAAGAGGAAGAAAGAAAAAGAGAAGAAGAAGAAAGAAAGCAAAGAGAAGAGGAAGAAAAAAAAAGAGAAGAAGAAGAAAGAAAGCAAAGAGAAGAGGAAGAAAGAAAACAAAAGGAAAAAGAGGAAGAAAAGAAGCGAAAGGAGGAGGAAAGAAAACACAAGGAAGAAGAAGAGAAAAAGACAGAGGAAUCCUAUGACGACUCCUGGCGAGGAAGAAGAGCGCGAAGAAAAGCUGAAGAAGAACGGAAGGAGCGGGAAAGAAGAGAAAGGCUUGAAAAGAAACAUUCAGAGCCUGAAAAAAAGACAGAGGAACCUCCAAAAGUCGUAGUCGAACCGACAGUAGAGAAAGAACCAGCUGUCAAAGUAGAGUCUGAAAAAACGGAAGAGGAACCUUUGGAUGACGAAGCGAAAAGAGAAAAGGCACGGCAGGAACGAGCGGCAAAGAGAGCUGAAAGGCGGGCGCGCUUACGAGAAGCAACUAGUGAAGAAUCAGGAGACAAAGGUCAAUCAGAUUCUAGCGAUCGCAGCUCGCGUAGACACGAAGAAUCCGACACAUCGUCCAGCAAGGAUACGGAGGAUGGUGGGGACGACUCGUUUGCAAGGAGAAGAGCAGAGCGGCGAGCUCGUCUGGAGCGCAAGAGACAAGAAGCAGAAGCCGAGAAGAAUGGAACGUCAAUAAGCACGACUAGCGAGACUACCAACGGCGACGAGUCUCGGUCUGCUCGACGGCGCGCAGCAAGAUCACACCAGGAAGACUCAACCACUUCAGAAGAAGAGUCCCAGCAAUCUAACUACACCGCUUCUGUCAAGGCAAGGUUUGAGAGAAAAGCCAAUACGGAAUUCACUAAAGAAGAGUCCGAAUCUCGCAGUGAACAGACUUCUGCGGCCUCAUCCAUGGACGAGGGUGAUACUAAUUACAGCUCCAGGCGGGCUGGCCGAACGCGGGACGAGACUGAUCGUGCUACUCCGAGAGCGAAAGCGGACGAUGGCCCUUUCCACUUGAAGAGCCGAAACAAGCUCGAUACCAAGUCAAGCGAUGAUAGCAAGCCAGGGUCAGGGUCGGCCUCGCCGCGCCUUGGUCGAUUCUCGGCCCCCCCACAGGAGAAGUGUGAAGUGUGUAACAAGACGGUUUAUCCGAUGGAGCGUCUUGCAGCCGACAAGAAAGUCUACCAUAAGUUUUGCUUCAAAUGCAACGAGUGCAACAACACCCUCAGACUCGGUAAUUACGCCGCCCUGCAAGGAAAGGUUUACUGCAAGCCUCAUUUCAAACAGUUAUUCAAGGUCAAGGGCAACUAUGACGAGGGAUUCGGACGAGAACAACACAAGACCCAAUGGUCCGCUAAAAGUAACGGGGAAACAAGUGAAUCCAGUUAGUAAUUGACACUCUGAGCGGCCACAGCAACAUUGAGUUUAGGUAGAAAAAUAGCAGAAGGGUGCCUUUAACUAACAAAAGGUGCUAUUGGAAAACCGUGAUUAACCAUUUUUUCCCAGCGUGGCCCGCUCGCCCGCACUGUUUCUUCCAGCCGGAAAAUCGCGAGUUUUACAAUAAAACUGUAAAGUUUAGGUAAGUGCACCCUUAAAUAGUUUACCAAUUGCUUUGCUAAAUGCAAGUCAUGUACCAUUUUUCUAAUAUUUCCCGUCCUUUGUAGUAAUUAGCAGCCAUCAAUAUUCCUACAUUUUUUCUGGAAAAUUUUCAGGAGUAAGGGAUUUUUAGUUUUAUUGAAACGAUAUAUUGUCGCAAAAGCCCUAAAUUACUGCAACGAUCAAAUCCUAUUAAGAACAGACUAUAGAGUAUGGAUUACAAUAGGGAAAGGGACUUUGGAUACUGAAUACUGUCAGAUUUACGACAGCCAAAGAAGUCAUUUAAUUUUCCAUUUUUCCAAUCAAAAUAUUCCAAACAAGUCUGAACUACUUAGUUAUUAGUGAAUUGUCAAUUUUAAGUCUUGCCUCGUUUCUUGGAUCGAUAUUUUUUUCACAAUCUUAGAGAUUAACUAUUAGUCUCUGAUCAAUAAUGAUUAAUUGAAUGCCAUUUCUGUUGCGCAAAUUUAAUGUAGUAAAUGAUAAUCAAAAGAAUAAAUUAUUCGAGUAGAAUCUACAGUGAAUGUUUGUGAUGUGAAACUUGAAACAUUUUCUGUAAAUUAUAGCUACUGUUAACUGUUAAGUAUGUUACAUUAGUAACUCUAGAUUUAGCAAUAAGGAUCGUGAUUAGUAAUCACGUAAGGUAUGGUGGACCUCAAAAAGUCAAAAAUGGUAAAAUCCCCACCAUUAGGUCUUCUCGAAGACCUAUUUUAUAUGCCCUUAUUCAUAACAAUUCCUGGCAGGCAAUCGUAGUCCAUGGUUACAUUAAACAACAACCAGAAGCAAAGAAACAUGCUGUGUUCGAUUAUACAUAGUUCAUUGCGGUCCUUUCUACCUCGUCUUUGACUGAAGUAAAACUGCGUUGCUUGCAAUUCCUGCCAAAGUCCCUAAUAAAUUGUACAUGCCAGAAGGAGCAUUUUUAAACAAGAAAAGUAAUGACACCUUUUUUUACCCCCAAAAUAUUUUUGAUAUACUAAGUAGCAGAUGAUAAACCAAUAAAGUCUUAUAUAAAUUG